UUAUAUGUGCCAUGAUCUUGCACUUGCUCUUCUUCCUCCACAGCUGCUUUGCCGCAGAGGUUUUUACGAUUAGAAGACAUAGAAGUUGACUAGAGAGAGAGCAAAGAAGGAUGGCGGGUGUUGCAGGAAGGAACGCAACGACGGAACUGAAUCUGCCGCCUGGGUUCAGGUUCUUCCCAACAGACGAGGAGUUGGUGCUGCACUACCUCUGCAAAAAGAUAACCCAUCUUCCCCUCCCCGUUCCCAUCAUCGCCGAAGUUGAUCUGUACAAGUACGAUCCGUGGCAGCUCCCUGAGAAGGCGUUGUUUGGGGACAAAGAGUGGUAUUUCUUUACCCCUCGUGACCGCAAGUACCCCAAUGGUUCCAGACCCAACAGGGCUGCCGGCACUGGUUACUGGAAAGCAACUGGGGCCGACAAGCUUCUCCGCCCCCAAACUUCCUCAAAUAGGCAAUGCGUUUUGGGGAUCAAGAAGGCGCUUGUGUUUUACGAGGGUAAAGCCCCCAAGGGCCAAAAGACCAACUGGAUCAUGCACGAAUACCGUCUCGCCAACCGCCCUUCCACCCCCACCACCAAUUACAAGAAAGGCACCAGCUUGAGGCUUGAUGAAUGGGUUCUGUGUCGGCUGUACAACAAGAAGAACAACUACAAGAAGAUGUUGGAGCAAACGGAAGAGGAGUCACUUGCCGAAACAAUGGAUUCACUGGAGGCCAUCGAUGAGAAACAACUGCCCCUUCGAGACUCCUUCACCAACGCAGACUCUCACAUCUUUCGCUGCGACAUAGUAGGGGAAAGCUUGCCUGAUAUGGUCGAUCUAUCACCCCAACCAGCUUUUGGGUUUGGAGGCGAGGCAACUGCACGUGUGAUGAUGAAACCACCACCACCACCAUCCACAGGAGGAGGAGAGAGAGGAAUCGUAGACUGGGUUUCCCCCUUUCUGGGUUUUGACGAUCUUCAAUACACAUUCCCCCCUCUAGGGGAGAUAACAAACACAAACAGCACCAACAACGAUUAUUAUUUUUCUGCUUACUACCCAAAGGACCUCAUUCUCAUUUGACUCCAUUUUCUAGCAGAGACAGGAAAAUGUACAGUGUAGAAACUUUAGAGUGCCCUUCAUUCUUGUAUACAAUUGUCCAUACAUUUCUUUUUAAUUCUUGUAUACAAUUAUCCAUAAUUCUUGUAGAAACUUUUGAAUUUGCUCAUAAAUGAUUUGGCAAAAUCUCAA